AUGAUUACUACUGAAAUCAAUUCAAAUGACCCUAUUGUUGAUAUCGAUCCUCACGAUUAAUAAUCAGAUGAUAGAGAGAAUAAAGUAAAGCAUCUGAUUAAGUAGAGUCCAAAUGAGUUCAUUGUAGUGGAGGUUGAAAAACGGCAAGAAUAAUCCGAAUUGUAAGAGAUCUAUGAAGAAUAAUUAGACAUAUAAUAAUUGAAGCUAAAGGAAAUAGAGAGACAGGAAAGAAUCAAAAAAAUUCCAAUCACUUUGAAAAGAUAGCUCUCUACAAUUAAUGAAUUGUCAGACUAAUCCAUUAAUAAUAGUUGUUCACCUCAAAUUGAUGUGGACCAUCAUCAUUCUAAAAAAUAAAACAAAGACGUAAGAAUCAAUACAACUAAAUAGUUUUUAUUUCAAAUCCAAGAAGAAAAUAAAUAAACAGAGCCUAGAUAAGUUGAUAAGUAAAAAUAGCAAAAAAAGAAGUUUAAAAAAAAGAAAAAGAAAAAGUAAUUAACUAGAGAAUUGACUUAAGUUUCUCUGCCUAUUCCGGAGAUGAAAUACUAACAAAACAUGAAUUUUAAAUACUAUUAUAGAGAUUAGAGAAUAGAUUGUAGUUGGAAAUUAUUAUUUAGUUAUUUUACCAUAAUAAUUUUAAGUAAUAUCACCCUUCACACAAUUGAAAUGGUAAGGUAUUCUUAAAGUGUGUGUAAGUUAGAAGGAAUAGAUAAUUUGUUCAUUUAUGCAAAUUAAUUAUUCUAUAUCUUGGGUAAAAUUGGAUUGCUUAGCUUAAAUUAUUAAGAAUUUACAAAUACUUUACCUACGAAAUCCAAAAUUCCGUUAUUCAAUUCUGUAAUUUUUAGCUCAAUUUUUGUUGUAUUAUCGAUGCCUUUAUAUGUAUUUGAUUUUGUACUGUGUUAACCUAGGAGUAGAUUGAUAACUCUUUAAGAAAGUCUUCAGAUAUUAAACUUUUUUGAUUGGGGAGUUAUUUCAGUUUUGGGAGUAGUUAUCCUGAUGCAUUCAUGUCUCAAGAUUUCUAUGAAGAAGAAAACUUGGAAAACCUUGAAAAAAUUUCUUAUGGUGAUUUAUUAUCUUCUGUUGCUUCUUGUGCAUUUACUUCAAGUUUUAGUAACUGUGACAUAAUCUUUUAAUUCGUAUUUGCCGGCUAUGAUAAUGGAAAAUUUUUACCUUUGCUUUUCGAUAAUUGCAAUGAUCUAUUUAUCAAUGAGAAAAUUUUGUUUCCACAGUGAACCAUUUUAAUUUGCCCAAUAAAAAUUACCAAAUGAUCCAAUGAUUUUAAUUUCAGAUGAAAAGUUAAAUAAUUGGGGAUAAGAGGAGAAGUUCUUUGACGGUGACUCAAUUAAAUUGAGUAAAAGAACAAAGCUGAGUCCUUCAUCAAGUUAAUUCAAUAGUCUUUAAAUUACAUAAAUAGGUUUUCUGGCUAAAAAAGACUGA